AUCACUCCCCCUGCCCCCUUUUUACUAGAGAUUAGCUAGACGCGCUAGCUCUCAAGCUUAGUUUCCUCCCGAUGCUUGCAGCAGUGGCAGCGUUACCGGUGUCCUCGCUGAUGCCCAGCCUGCAGAUCAGGGCACCUGCAAAAACCUGAAACUGACAACAGCUUCUUCUUCGCCUUUUCUAGCUCGUGGCAUUGCGCAAGUUUUGCGGGGUCUGAUUAAGCCGUGUUCUAAAGAGAAGCCAGCGGUCAGUGCUUGGAGAAAGGGUUGAUGGGGAUCAUUAACUGGGUGCAAAAUCGCCUCAACGCCAAGCAAGAGAAGAAGCGGCCGCCCGCCGCCGCCGCCGUGGGCUCGAGUCGCGAUGCUCCGGUCCGGCCAGAGAGCUGCCGCGAGGAGAUCAAUGGCGCCGGCGCCGGAAAUGACUGGAGCCUGCUCUCCAUCGGCACGCUCGGCAACGAGCCGGAACCGCCACCGGCGAUGCCGGAUCAGGUUCCAGACUUCACGAUCGAUGAGGUGAAGAAGCUGCAGGAGGCGCUGAACAAGCUGCUCCGGCGCGCCAAGUCCAAGUCCAGCGCCCGCGGCUCCACCGCAGGCUCCACCGCCGGCGCCGGAGACGAAGACCCUAACCAGCUGCCGCUCGACAGGUUCCUCAACUGCCCCUCCAGCCUCGAGGUGGACCGCAGCCUCUCGCUCAGGCUGCAGGGCGGCGGCGGCCAGAACGGCGAGUUCUCGCCCGACACGCAGAUCAUUCUCACCAAGGCCAGGGAGCUCCUCGUCGGCACCAACGCCGGCGCCGGCGCCAUCAAGCAGAAGAGCUUCAAGUUCCUGCUCAAGAAGAUGUUCGCCUGCCGCGGAGGCUUUGCGCCGGCCCCGACUCUCAAGGAUCCGGUCGAGACUAGGUUGGAGAAGUUGUUCAAGACGAUGCUUCAGAAGAAGAUGAGCGCGAGGCCGAGCAACGCGGCAUCAUCGUCGAGGAAGUACUACCUGGAGGACAAGCCGAUGGGGAAGAUCCGGAUGGAUCGUUUCCCCGACGAGGAUGAGGAUGACAACGGAGAGGAUGAUAUCUUCAAGUGGGACAAAACAGAUUCAGAUUUCAUUGUCCUUGAGGUGUAGCGAGAGAUCAGGUACAAGGUCAAGAUCAUUAUGAUUUGGAGAAGAUAAUUAAGCGUGUAUGUGAUAGGGACAUGGGUGCCAUGCAUAAUAAACCCUACAUGUUGACUGCUGAUCGAGUUGAAUGGCGAAUGAGGAUGAUGGCCGGAAUGCACCAGGAGGGUGUACCGCUGAAUGAAGCUCAAACAUCAGCGAAGAACAAGAUUAAUCUGAGCUAGCUGCUGUUCAUAGGAGAAAUUAAUUUCCAGCUUAGUUCGUCUUGCUUCCCCUACUCCUUCCUCUCAGACGCGAGAUAUAUAUUCAUAUAUGUUCCACAUAUACUCCUCCUAUAUAAUUCCUUGUCAUACUGUGGGAUCGAUACAAGAAGAUUCAGUAAUUAAUCAGUGAAGUGAACCUUAGUUCAUGUUCUUGUUUAAUGUUUAA